AGUUAGUUGAAUUCUUGUGCCGAGUUAACAACGGACCGAUUAGUAACUCGUGGGAGCUUCCUCAAAAGAGCUGACUAUUUGCGAAUUGACUUCAACCUCCUCAGAAAAGUGUCAAUUUUCUCGGAUUAAAAGCCCGUCAAUCGUACGCAAUUGAUGUUCUCGUGCUUUUUUGUGUGUGAAGUGUUGUGCGAAAAAUUGCUCAUAGAAGAAAAGUUUAGCAAUUAUUUAAGGGAGAAAAAAAGGGGUGGUGGAACUUUCUGAAAGAUAAUUAAGGUGUGAAGAGAAAAAAAAGGUUAACCAGAGCGGAUUUUAAAUUGGAUACCUCAUUCAUCAACCAUCGUUUGGUGACUUUUCCAAUUCUUUUUCUCUUCCGACCUGUCUCUUUAAUUGGAGUAGCUGAAGAAGAAGAAAAUUUUAUCGAGAAGGGCUUUUAUCCACUUCCUUACGAGUUGAACACGCAUUGAACGCAAUUCGGCACAAGUGUGAGGGAUAUUGAAUUUUUGGCAAAAAGCUUCACGCAUCGAGGGCGGAGGGGUCCGCUGGAAAGAAGGUCUCCUGUCUAACCGCAAGGCAUGUUUCAGAAAAGUAUAUAAAAACCCGAGGUUGUGGCAAUAAUUUAGCGUGGUGUCAGUGAAAUUAGAGAGAGAAAAAGUCUCCCUGGAGGGAGGUAAAGCCGCCAGGGUACGCAAUAAAAUGUGAAUUGAGCUACUUAGCGUUGUGUGACAUGAUGAACAUGGGCGGGAGGAAUGAGUACCGCACCGAUGCGCGGAACAUCCAAUCUCACCGACAUCCAGACGUGUUGCAUGCUAAUGUGCUCCCGUCACUUGCAAUCUCAUCCACUCUGGCGGCACCAUCUUAAUCAUAAUAACAAGAUCGAGACAUCGUAGAUUUCAAACAUAAAUCACCAUGAAUCCAGUGGGGGAUCCAUGGGGCGAGGAUGGACUCAGCAGUGUGGCAGCAGAUGAUGGGGGUACAACCCCCGCAGAUUGGCUCAUGGUGGGAAAUGUAAGCGUUGGCAAUGAGAGUGAGGUGCUGUACUACACAAAUAGCUGCCUCUACGCAUACAAUCCAACCGAUGAAAUGAUCACCUUCCAGUUCUGGAUCUGUGGCAUCCUCCUCAAUAUCGUCGGUAUCCUCGGUAUCCUUGGCAAUGUACUGUCCAUGGUGAUUCUAUCUCGACCCCAAAUGCGCUCUAGCAUUAACUAUCUCCUAAUUGGAUUAGCACGCUGUGACAUUGUUCUUAUUAUCACGUCCGUCCUGCUUUUUGGCAUUCCGAGCAUCUACCCCUACACAGGUUACCUCUUCUUCUACCACUACUACAUCUUCCCCAACAUAUCACCCUAUGUCUUUCCCAUUGCCAUGGUGGCACAAACAGCUAGCAUCUACCUCACAUUCACCGUCACUCUCGAACGUUUUGUUGCCGUAUGCCAUCCACUACGGGUACGUGCUCUCUGCACCUACGGACGUGCCAAGCUAUACGUACUCGUAUGCAUCAUCUUUGCCAUACUCUACAACUUGCCACGAUUCUUUGAGGUUAGCGUUAUUGAGCACGUCUUCAAAGGUGGUGUAGUUUACUGCGUUAUAGCAUCGGAGAUGCGCUCUAAUCCGAACUACAUUGAAAUCUACAUUCAUUGGCUGUAUCUAAUCUUCAUCUAUGUGCUUCCUUUUAGUCAACUUGCCAUCCUCAAUGCCCUCAUCUAUGCCCAAGUACGACGGGCAAAUCGCGAACGGCAACGCCUAAGUCGGACGGAGAAGCGAGAAAUUGGUCUUGCAACCAUGCUUCUAUGUGUGGUGAUUGUGUUCUUCCUGUGCAAUGUUCUCGCAAUGAUUAACAACAUCAUGGAGGCAUUCUACGACACAACCAACGACUACCUGGUUAACACAUCCAACCUCUUGGUCACAAUCAACUCAAGCGUCAACUUCAUCAUCUAUGUGAUAUUUGGGGAAAAAUUCAAGAGGAUUUUUUUAACGCUAUUCUGCAAGGGACGCAUCGGUCGUGAAUCCCCAGAUGGGCUCAUCCACGAUGACAGUUCCUUCUCAAAUGGGGAUGGGAACCAUCGGAAUUCAGGACGGUUUCAGCGGCAUGGGACUUCGCGCAGUAGUACGCGGAGCAAUGGGACAAGCUUGCGGAUCACGCGUUCUGUCCGUGUACGAGCUCCCUCGCCGGGUCCGUGCGUCUACUACCCGGCGAGGGAUUUCAAACCACGCGGCGGCUUGGUCACAAGGAGUGUCUCUAUGCAGAAUAGUGACUGGGAACAUGAUACAAUGGAUACAAUAGUCAAUGGGAAUGGUUUGGUGUCCACCACCGCCUUCUGAAGGACCCCAAGACUUUGCCGCAGUGUACAUAGUGUAAAGAAAACAAAAUAUAAGAAAGUAUGUAAGAAAACUUUACAAAAAGUCAAUCCAAAAAGAGAUUUUAAGUGUUCUGUGAUGAUUUCACAUCGAGAUUGUGUUACACAAGAAAGGAUAUGAGACUGUGUAUCCACCUUGAUUAUAUAGAAAAGGAGAUAUCAGUAGACGCAAAAGCCCUCUCGAAAAAUCAAUCCAAAGGGAAAAUCCCAUUAGAAAACAAGACGAAGACUUUGUUAAAAGAGAGAGAGAACGAGAUCGGGCUUUUAUUGUGUCCAAGAAAAGCCAAUAAGGGAGCGAGAUUUUUUUUUCUUUUUUGUAUAAAAAAAAGUGUGAAAAGAGGAUUUAAUGGCAGAAAUAAAAUUAAGAGUUACAAAUUCA